UCAGUGGUGAUUAGUGGAAGUGUCAUCACCUGGAAGUAAAAGAGGAAGCAUCUGUGUGAGGAAGUUCAGGUGAGGUACCAGAAACACACAUGUGGACUGAUCCAUUGUUACAAUACAGGCUUCCAGAUGGCUUCCAGGUUUGUUCAGAAGAGCGUCAGAGGACUUAAUGAGCAUUCAGACUCAUUUCUGCUCAGGGAUCCCAGCCCCAGCCCUCUGAAUGAACUCUGUCACAGCGCCCCCUGGUGGACUGACAGGGAGGAGCACAGGGAGCAGGGAGACGCACUCAGAGAGCAGCUGCAGGAGAUGGACGAGCAUGUGGGCAGGCUCCAGGACAUGCUGAGGUGUGAGCGCACCAAGUACACGCAUCUGCAGCUGCGGUGCAGCCAACUGGAGGCAGAGCUGAGGCGGCGAGAGCAGCAGAGCAUCAGGCUGAAGGAGCGACUGUCACAGCAGCUCAGUGUCAGACACAAGGAGAAAGGACCCUCCAUAGAGGUGUUAAAUUUCCCCCCUGGAGGCCGCAGCAGAAGGGAACAGCCAAUCAAAUCCUUUUUGUCUACUACAAAACGGGAAGAGGCAGCACUGCGUCUGAUGCUGGAGCGCAGAGAGGCAGAGCUCAGAGAGGCGAUGAAGCUGCGCCACAGCCUCACCACAUUGCUUCAUGCACUCAGGGUCAACAUGGAGCAGAUCCUGUCAGACUCUGCGGACGUUCAGGACGAGGUCCAGCGUGACGACAAAAUGUUGUAUCAAGCUGAGGUGGUGCUUGGUGAACAUGUGACAGGUGGUGUGGUUCAGAGUUGGAGGAAGGUGCAGAGGAGACUGGGUGACAUCCUGUCUGAAGGUCAAACUGGUGUUGGUACUGACCAUGACAAGCUCUUGGCUCAACUAGGAACUGAACUGAGAGAGAGUCAACAGCUUGUCAGAUUACAACAGCAAAUGUUGCAGGGUAACCUCGACUCACCUGUCCCAUCUGCUCUGGCCGAUUCGUACUUUUUGGAAGAGUGGGAGCGUCUCCAGCUGCGUUGGGCCGAGCUCGACCAUCAGAGGAAUACUUUUGAAAGAGAGAGACUGUCCUUCACUGAUGCCGCAAUCCGACUGAGCCACGAGCGUCGUGAUUUUGAGCAGCAGAAGGCCUCUCUCAUGAAGCAGCAGUAUUUGUGCGACUCAUCUCUGUGUGGUAAAGGAGCACCAAGCAGCAAGAGAAGAGAAAGCACUGCUCUCAGUUUCUCCGGUUCGGGGCCCACCAGUAUAUCUGGCUGUCUUCCCAUCACUCCAUCAUCCAUCGGCUCUGGGUCAGCUGCUCUGUCUGUGUUUCAUCAGGGAAGAGUCAGAGUUCAAACUCCCAGCACUCCUGAGCUCUACGCUGCCCUCAAUCUAUCAUACAACUGUCGAUCCAUAGAAGUUGAUCCCCAAUCAUGGGACAGUGGCACAGAAAAGAUGGUGGACGCACCACAGGCUUCACACUUGGACUGGUCAUUUUAAUACAACAUUUGUCACUACAGGUGAAAGUCAUUGAAAAAGUAUAUUGUACCUGAUUUUGUAUUUUUAAAAUAACCAAUAAAUAGUGAAUAUAUUUA